UUGCUUGGUUGCAAUUGCAAGUCCAGGUCGUGGAGUGGAGGGCAAAUCUAAAGCACCACAACUACUGUCGAAGGCUCAACUUUAGUCACCUCACCUAGUCGAGACAAGUUUGCCUCUACUUAUCAGUGUAAAAAAUGGAGGAUCUAAUUUGGUGAGAAAAGAAAACAUUGUUUUGGUCAAUAAAUUAGUAGUCUAGAAAAUUGAUUGGAGAUCGAUUUAGCUUAUUAAAAUAGGGAUGCAAGGAGGAGGGAGGACUGGUUGACGCCUUGGUCGAGCUCAGUAGCGAGCCUGGACAAGCUCGAGCAUGUGGAGGUGAAUAAAUCACAAGUAUUUUAUUUAACAAAAUCUAAAACAUUUAUUUAGAACAAAUCUAAAACAUUUUAAGCUAAGACAACUCAGGAUACUAGUAAUUUCAGGACUCCUAGGGGGAGUGUCUUAACCCUGUUCGAUCAGACCAAUGCAACAGCCAGUUCCAGGCCCACGUAAAUUUCUACUGGACCUUAUCCAAACAUCUUUCAAGUGGCCCAGAAUCAGGCCCAGGCCCAGGCCCAGGCCCAGUCAAGCCUUUUCUUCACCCGUUCACCUCCUCUCUCCCACUCUCGGCGACAGACUGGGCUACCGACGCCGCCGCCGCCCUACGCCAGUCGACAGUUGCCCAGGCCUUCUCCGGCGACGAGCCCCCACCAGCGCGCAGGAUCAAUCUCGCCAGCCGCGGCUGGCCAAGUUGAAAGAGGAUGGGCCAGGAGACGGAGGUGGCGGAGAAGGAGGUGUUGCAGUCGGUAAGCGACCUCCCGGUGCAGGACCCGCCAGGAGAGGAGUUCUCCGCUGCCGACCUCACGUGGGUCAAGUACGCAAGUUCCGAGCACCACCGGGACGACGUUGCUCUCAUCCCCUACGACCGGAUGGAGGCCUUCAUCGGCGGCGAGAGCAACAACCCCGAGUGCCCCACUCGAUUCCACAUCGAGCGCGGCCGCAAGCGUGAGAGGGGCAGCCUCAGGGAGUACCGGAGCGACGAGUACCUCCUCUACAGGAUGUAUUGGUGCUCGUUUGGCCCUGAGAAUUAUGGGGAGGGAGGAACAAUCUUGCCUAGCAGAAAGUACAGGCUCAACACGAGGAACCGUGCCGCGCGCCCGCAGUCCAUGCGUGGCUGUACCUGCCAUUUUACCGUCAAGAGGCUCUAUGCCCGCCCUUCCUUGUUGCUCAUCAUCUACCACGAGAGGCGCCAUGUCAACAAGUCCGGCUUCAUAUGCCACGGGCCCCUCGACAGGGAUGCCAUCGGGCCUGGCGCUAGGAAAAUGCCCUACAUUGGGAGUGAAAUCCAGCAGCAGACCAUGUCAUUGAUCUACCUCGGUGUCCCAGAAGAGAACAUACUGCAGACACAUAUAGAAGGCAUACAGCGCUACUGUAGUGCAGAUGCCCAGGUUGAUAACCUUGCUUCGCAGUAUGUCCAGAAACUAGGGAUGAUCAUCAAGAGAUCGACACAUGAGUUGGAUCUGGAUGACCAAGCUAGCAUCAGGAUGUGGGUUGACAGAAAUAAGAAAUCUGUAUUCUUCUACCAGGAUUCAACUGAGGCAGAUGCCUUCAUCCUGGGGAUUCAGACAGAAUGGCAAUUGCAGCAAAUGAUGCGCUUUGGUCAUCAGAGUCUUUUGGCUUCUCAUUCCUCAUUUGGUGUAAGCAAGCUAAAGUAUCCAUUGCACACGCUUCUUGUAUUUGACUCAAGGCAGCAUGCUCUUCCUGUUGCAUGGGUCAUAACCCGCUCAGUUACUAACAAGGAUACACUGAAAUGGAUGAGGGCACUUACUGAUAGAAUACAUUCUAUAGAUUCCACCUGGAGAAUUGGUGGUUUUAUCAUUGAUGACCCGGCUUCAGAGCUGGGUCCGAUCAGGGAGGUAUUCGCCUGCCCAGUUUUGUUCUCUGUGUGGCAUAUCAGAAGAACCUGGCUUAAAAAUGUAAUCAAGAAAUGCAGCAAUGUUGAGGUGCAGCGGGAAAUUUUCAUCCAACUUGGCAAAAUCAUAUACAGUAUCUGGAGUGAGAAGAACCCUAUGGAUGCCCUAGGGAAGUUGUUUCAAGACUUUGUUGAUCAAACAACGUUCAUAAAAUAUUUCAAAUCAUUUUGGGUUCCCAAAUUGGAGAUGUGGAUUGACUCCAUCAGAAAUCUGCCAUUAGCAAGUCAGGAAUCAUGCGGUGCCAUUGAAGGUUACCAUCUGAAGCUGAAGGUAAAAGCAUACGAUGAUGUGCAGCUGGAUGCUCUUCAACGGGUGGACUGGUUAGUGCAUAAGCUCACAACAGAACUGCAUUCGAGCUACUGGAUCAACUUAUUUGCAGAUGAAAGCGGAUCAUUUCCUGAGGUGAAAGCAGACUAUAUUGCAUCCACGUCAUGGCAAAGGGCAUUGCAGAUACCUGAUGCUGCUGUUACCUUUGAUGACAAAGAGCCUCUUUUAGCCAGAGUGGUCAGCCAGAAGGAUACCAGUCAGACGCGGACUGUAUGGAAUCCCGGUUCUGAAUUCUCUCUCUGCGAUUGCUCAUGGUCAAUGCAGGGUAACCUAUGCAAGCAUGUGCUAAAGGUCAACAUGAUGUGUGGAGCACGCAAAGAUUUUCAGCCCUCGCUGUCUUUCCAGUCAUAUCAGCACGUCCUGCUUGAUCUAUGGCAAAAACCAUUGGAUGAUUCGUUCUCGCUUGACCUCUCGGUAGCAUGGGUCAUGCAGAUGCAGGAGAAGAUCAAACAUGUAGCUGAGCUUGCCACCUCCGGUGGUAUUGUCCAAGUUGCAGGGAAAUUGCCGAUUCAAUGGACAAAAAAGAGAGGGAGAAGAGUAGCCGCCAAACGCCCAUUACUUCUUCCUCAUUCUAACGGCAGUUUGCAGAAGGAGACGACCCCAAAGAAGAGCAAGAAGAGGAAGAGGCUAUCUAGGUUUCUGGGGUAAAUGCGCCUCCUACACUUGUGGUCUCUCUGUAAUUAGACGGCUACUCUUUUUUCUUUUUCUUUUUUUUUUGUGCCCGGUGUAUUCCAUUUCUGCAAUUACCUUUGGGCUGAGUGGACUUGCUCAGCUACUUGUAAUCAGCUCCACUUCCCUAUGUCUCCUAGUACUAGGAACAACAGUUGUGCAGUCUGUAAUAGGGAGCCACUGGAUGGGUUUCUCUUAUUCCAGUAGGAAUGUAGGAUGCUGCGAAAUUCCAGUCUUAUUCGUUUUGCUGGUGCAGAACUUCCAUUUGAAACAUGUGAUGAUGUGCGGAUUCAGUUGCUGCUCAUUGCAACAUGCAAGUACUGGAGUUUAGGCCU